AAAUGCGUCACAGGGGCGGGCGGGCGGCGGCGACGGCGGGUGGCGUCUGGGGCGCCUCCGGCGGACGGUGGCGGCGCCGGGCAGAGAGGCCGCGGCUGCCGGGGUCGUCGGGGGACGGCGGUGAGCUCGGGCCUGGGCGGCGGCGGCCGGGGGCGCAAGCGGAGCCCCGCGCCGGCCCCAGCACCCGGCUAUGGCCGCGGCCACCAUAGUGCACGACACGUCUGAGGCGGUGGAGCUGUGCCCCCCGUACGGCCUGUACCUGAAGCCCAUCACCAAGAUGACCAUCAGCGUGGCGCUGCCGCAGCUGAAGCAGCCGGGCAAGUCCAUCUCCAACUGGGAGGUGAUGGAGAGGCUGAAGGCCAUGGUGCAGCACCACCAGUUCUCCACGCUGCGCAUCUCCAAGAGCACCAUGGACUUCAUCCGCUUCGAGGGCGAGGUGGAGAACCGCAGCCUGGUCAAGGCCUUCCUGGCCUGCCUGGACGGCAAGACCAUCAAGCUCAGCGGCUUCUCCGACAUCCUCAAGGUGCGCGCGGCCGAGUUCAGGAUCGACUUCCCCACGCGCCACGACUGGGACUCGUUCUUCCGCGACGCCAAGGACAUGAACGAGACGCUGCCGGGCGAGCGGCCCGACACCAUCCACCUGGAGGGCCUGCCCUGCAAGUGGUUCGCGCUCAAGGACUCGGGCUCCGAGAAGCCCAGCGAGGAGGUGCUGGUCAAGGUGUUCGAGAAGUUCGGGGCGAUCCGCAACGUGGACAUCCCCAUGCUGGACCCCUACCGCGAGGAGAUGACCGGCCGCAACUUCCACACCUUCAGUUUCGGGGGCCACCUCAACUUCGAGGCGUACGUGCAGUACCGCGAGUACGUGGGCUUCAUCCAGGCCAUGAGCGCCCUGCGCGGCAUGAAGCUCAUGUACAAGGGCGAGGACGGCAAGGCCGUGGCCUGCAACAUCAAGGUUUCCUUCGACUCCACCAAGCACCUGAGCGACGCCUCCAUUAAGAAACGGCAGCUCGAGAGGCAAAAGCUGCAGGAGCUGGAGCAGCAGAGGGAGGAGCAGAAGCGCAGAGAGAAGGAGGCCGAGGAGAGGCAGAGGGCGGAAGAAAGGAAGCAGAAGGAGCUGGAGGAGCUGGAGCGGGAGCGGAAGCGGGAGGAGAAGGUGCGGCGCCGGGAGCAGAAGCAGCGGGACCGCGAGCUGCGCCGCCAGCAGAAGAAGCUGGAGAAGCAGCAGGCGGAGGAGCAGCGGAAGCUGCACGAGAAGAUCCGGCUGGAGGAGCGGAAGCUGCUGCUGGCGCAGCGGAACCUGCAGUCCAUCCGCCUGGUGGCUGAGCUGCUGAGCAGGGCCAAGGCCGUGAAGCUACAGGAGCAGGAGCACCGCGAGGAGGCGCUGCGGCUGCAGCGGCUGGAGGAGCGGCGGCGGCUGCAGGAGGCCGAGCUGCGGCGCGUGGAGGAGGAGAAGGAGCGCGCGCUGGGGCUGCAGCGCCGGGAGAGGGAGCUGCGCGAGCGGCUGCUCACCAUCCUGCUGAGCAGGAAGCCCGACGAGCCGCCGGCGCGCGACGAGCUGGGCGUGGCGCACGCGGACCUGCUGCAGCCCGUGCUGGACAUCCUGCACACGGUGUCGGCCGGCUGCGCGGGCGCCGCCGCCGCCGCUCUGCACCCCCUGGGGGCCCCGCCGGCCGCCGGCGCCCCGAAGCAGACGCCGCCGCGCCCGGACGCCGACGGCGCGCCCCGCGGCGUCAACGGCAGCCUGGCCGAGGGCGCGCCCUGCCGCGAAGGCCUGGGCGCGCGGCGCGGCGCGGCGGACGACGGCUCCCCGGACAAGCGCUGCCCCGGCGUCCUCGCCUGCAUCCCCGACAACAACCAGCAGCCCAAGGCCGUGCCCGCCGCCGCCGCCGCCGCCUGUGAGCAGAGCGCGCCCAGGAAGGACGCGCGCUCCGAGCAAGACAAGUGCAACCGCGAGCCGAGCGGCGGCCGCGGCCGGGCCAGCGGGGGCCGCGGGGACGACGACAGGCACCAGCGGGAGCGCAGCCGGCCGCGGCGGGCGGGCAGCCGCGACGACGCGCGGACCCCCCGGAAGGAGCGGCGGCGCCACCGCAAGCACGCGCGCCCGGACGACAGUCCCCCGCGGCGCAGCGCCAGCCCCGAGCGCGCGCGCGCGCGCCGGUCCCACAGCAGAGAGCGCUCCAGCCGCCGGGAGCGCAGCCGGGACCGCAGGGGCGGCUCGGGGCGCAAGCGCAGCCGCCACCGCCGCGGGGACCGCGACCGCUCGCGCUCAGGGUCGCCCGGCCGGCACCGCAGCACCUGGAACAGGUAAUGCAGG